AUGUUUAAGAGCAUCUUGCCGUCAAGGCGAAUACCCUCCGCAGACUUUCUGAUGAUUACACCACCGGUGGACAACUCCCCCAACGGGAAGGAGAAUCAUCCAGGGAUCCCUGCAUCUCACGACACAAAACCGACAAGGUCUGAAAAAAACAAGAAGGCGAAAGGGAAGGAACAUCCAGUAGAGGGUGUACCGAGCGAAGCUGAUUUCGACCGAUUGCUAGAGGAACUUCAGAUUCCGUUGAACUUGCGUUCGAAGCUUGCAACGAUGGACGCUAGGGUCAAAGCGCAAAUGCUCAAGUCAUCUGGUAUAAUUACGGCCAAGUCGUCAAUCGCCCGCCCCCAGACUUCUCGGGGAGUGCGCCGAGCUUACAGCACCGAAUCUCUUGGUUCUCCCAGGCCACAGUUGAAACGCGCGCUGGAGGAAUGUGACGUCUUUAGUUCGCGAAAGGAACCUCCGAUCCUGUCACCCGCUCAUGUUCGAGGAAUAUCCAUUAACGUCGGCCGUUCAGCUAUGCACAGCUUCGCCCCUGCACAAAACGCGGCGACAAAAACCGCGCACAAGGAUAAACGUGCGAGGGCAUCUUCCGUCUCCCCGGGAAAAUAUUGCAAUAUCCUUAGAGGCAAUUCGUCCACUAGUCUAGAAGUAGACUCGGUCAAGAAGCUGCGUCUCCUUCUCAGGAACGAAGCCACAACUUGGACUGAAGAGUUCCUGGAGCAGGGAGGGUACGGCGCCUUGCUGACCCGUUUGACUGAGAUUCUAGAAGUGGAAUGGCGGGAGGAACAACACGACGACCAGAUGCUUCACGAGCUUCUGCGCUGCGUUAAGGCGCUCUCAACUUCUGCCAUUGGAUGUGCUGCUCUGCGAGAUAGCUGUCCCUCCCCGUACUUCCAACUCAUUCAUCUCCUUUAUUCCGACAAGAAGCCUGGCGACGUCGGCACGCGGCAACUGAUCCUAGAAUUGCUGCUGCUCCUCUUCGAGCUAUACCCGUCUUCUUCCUUGCCUUCUAGCGGCAGCCCCAUUACUACUGCCUUCUCCUACAUGCGCUCUCGGUCCAUCCCCUGGGAGGCAGACGCGAGGGCACAAUCGAGUAACCUCAUCACACUUCCAGCCCCCCACGCCUCCCUGUUCUCUUUUAUCCGGGCCCUCUUGCUCACGCCUGCCCCCCCUCCGGCCGAGGCACCUGGCCCUGCUGUAGAACCGCACGCAUUCAUUGAAGAAUUGCACCGCCAUCGAAUUUACAAGACAUAUCUGCAAGAACUCAACGAUAUUUGCAGAGAUUUCUUCUGGGUAUUCUGCCACCCGAACAAUGCGGUAUGGAACUUGGAUGAGACAGACGAAGCCAAAGUCGAGAAACCGCGCGCCCCUGGUGGUAUGACGGGUGGCGUCGAGUUCGAGGCCAUGGGUUAUAUGACAACACACUUCAGGUUCAUCAAUGCGAUCGCUGCGUUGGUGCAAGACAUGAAUUUGCCCCAAAGCCACGAGCAUUCCGCUUAUCAGUUCCAUAACGACAUGUUCCUCUCUGGUAUUGAGCGUAUCUUGCUGAUGGCACGAAAGGCGUCCACCACGUACUAUCCGACGCUUCACCUCGAGAUUGCCCGCUACGUCGCCGCCGUCAACCGCUCAGGGUUUGAGCUCCCAUGGUCUCUCUCUCGGCUGGUGGCUCCGCCGCCAUCAAGCAUGCGGAAAACCCCGGCCAUGCGGUCCCCGGUGUACGGCAACUUGGGCAAGGGUGUAGCUAUGCAGGGCUCGCCGUCAAAGAGGAGCAGCGUCGUGGUUAACGCGCCGGUGCCAGGCUUGCCCGGGUCCCGCAAGGUGACCCCCAUGUUCGGACUAUGA